GCACCAUAUCUGUGUGGUUGAGAAUAAUAUCAUACUGUCUCGACUGAUUCUUCGUUCAGUUGUUCGUGCACGCGUUUCAUUAGAAGCAGUAAUAACCGGUUUGUCUUCUAAAUGAUCUUCCGCCGCCGUUGCAGAAACUUUCAAAUGUGUCUUGCGGGAAGACGGGACUGUCCAUAUUGUUAGGCUCGUUAUUUAUAGUUUCCAUAGUUUCGCCAUCUGUAUAUUUUAAUACUCUCAGACAACAGGGGAUUCACUUUGUUUCCAUGGAAAUUGUCGUCUGCAGUCCCGUCAGCUCCAUUGGACAUAUUCCUCGACGUACAAGGAUGGCCGCAUCUCCCCAUUUUUGCCGAUGUUCCUGUGCAGUCUAAUUAAUUUGCCGACCUUUUCAUCGCGGGUGCUAUUCGAAGAACAACGAGGUCCUUGGUACUAGCCUGCCACAUCUGAAUUUCUUCCUCUGAAGGUACUGUUUAGCCCCAGGCUGAGCGGUCCUCCCUGAGCCUGCAGUCUGUUUGUCACACAAUCCUUGAGUGGCUUGGAAUGGACAACAGGCACCCCAUCGUAAAGCUGACACGUCUAGAGGACAUGCAUGGUCUCUAUGACACGUACAAGCCUUCUAGCUCUUCUGCAGACCACGAUGAAGUGGAAGAGUACGAAGUCCAAGAAGUGAAAGGCGUGAGAGUCACCAAGCAGGGAGAAGCACAUUUUCUGCUAAAAUGGAGAGGAUGGGACUCGUCCUACAAUUCAUGGGAGCCAGAGAGCAGCGUGGAGCACUGCCAGGACCUCGUGAGGGACUACUGCUUCAAAAGCAACUCGAUGUACAGGUUCACAUUAAUGAAAAAGGCGCUCCAAAAGGUCUCUCAUGCCCUCCACCCCGAUGUUUAUAUUUUAGCUAAGCUCAUGCGGCAUGACAUACGAGCAGAUGCAUUCAUCAGUAGGAAAGAUAUUGAAGACAUGAGGAAACAGGUAGCGCACAUCGUAAAGGACCACGACGGGAACGCGCUCUCGAAGCUCAACAUAAAGAAGGGUUUUGGAGGUCUUAGGCAAUUCUUAGAGGCUGUUGAGCAAAGACAGCACACCUUAGCUGCUAUGCAGCAGUGGGAGACCUACAUCAACGACACAUCCGGCGAAAGUGCGCACAUCUAUGUCGAGAACUUCGCGGACUGCGAAGCCCCGCCCCUUGAUUUUGUGUACCUCAGGGACUAUCAGCCAGGACCGGGGGUCACGAUAAACAACGAUCCUCCAUUGGGGUGCUCGUGCAAAGACUGUUUUGAGGAAAAAGACAAGUGCUGCGCCGAGGGCUUCGGCAUGCGGUACGCUUACAAUCACUACGGCACGCUCUUACGACCGUUCGGGUCUGCCAUAUACGAGUGCAACAAGCGUUGCACUUGCGGACCAGACUGCAAUAACCGUGUGGUGCAGAAGGGUCGCCAGGUUCCAGUGGUUAUCUUCAGAACAGGAAAUGGCCGCGGCUGGGGUGUGCGUACCCUGCAGAGGAUCAAGAAGGGUACCUUUGUGAUGGAGUACCUCGGAGAAAUCAUCACAAACGAAGAGGCAGAAAGACGCGGCAAGGCUUAUGAUGCCGAAGGAAUGACGUACCUCUUUGACCUUGACUACACAGAACCCGAGUCUGAAGACGCGGAACAGUGCUAUUCCGUUGAUGCAGCCAAGUAUGGAAACGUGUCACAUUUUGUAAAUCACUCGUGUGACCCCAACUUAGCUGUCUGGUCAGUGUGGAUCAACAACCUCGACACAAAGAUGCCACGGCUGGCCUUCUUCACCGUUCGAGAUGUGCGCCAGUUUGAAGAGCUGACAAUAAACUACAGGAUGGAACCGCCCUCUGUGGUGGGACCUGUGGACUGUGACUGCCCAACGAGACUGCUCAUGAGGAAAAGGGUGCUGUGCAAAUGUGGUGCACCAAACUGUCAAAAGUAUCUGUUCUAGCCCAUCAUCAACAUUUUGCGAGUGCACCGUUAUAUUGCAUCAUAUCACGACUGUACAUAGUCAAACAAACAUAUUUAUGUCGUGAUUGCCAUGGGGAGUGAAAGAUCUGUGCCUGAUGUGGUGCAAAGUCAUUGUGAUGUCAAGUCCUUCUGCUUGGAAGAGAAAUGCCUUCAUUCACGUGACGCGUAUGUGGCAGCAUCACCUGCUCAAUCUGGAUUGUUUGGACACAUGCAUGGGGAUAGAUCUGCAAACCAUACGAGGACAGACAGAAGUAAACACACCAACUGCUCACUCGGGCUGAAGUUUAUUGUUCCAAACAGGAAACUUAACUGGAAGUGAACAAACAACAGGGUGGCAUUCCAGAUAAGCGAGUUUAUCAUAAGACAAGACAAUCAUGGUUCUUGAUAAGGUGACUCUGCGCUCUGCCCCAAAUACGAUUGUUCCUGAGGAAGAAACUUAAUGGAAGGCGCGCUUGGAUUGUUUCGGGUUGUGGACAGGUGUGCUCGUCCCUUUUUUGCUGACUGUUUCGUUGACGCUGUUAUGUAGGACUCGCCAAUAUUUCAAUUACUACGUAACAAUAAGUCAUAAUCAUCACUAAAUCGUGACUCCCACGGUGGUGUGGGGUAAAAUCUCCCUGGGACUUGUUUUUGACGCGACACUUGACUGUGGAUGAACUCUUUGACGUUGACCGUUCACAACCCAGAGAUACGUGGUCACGUAGGUUGGAGCUCACAACCAUCUCGUUUCCCUAAUUUGUCCCUUAAAAGGUCGGAAGGAAACAUGGUCAGUUAUUUAUCCUGACCCCCCCGUCCCCCAUGUUUGUGAUUCUGGACGAACUACUGAACAUGGCAUCAGUCAAAUGAUACACAGAUCUCUUCAUACCGAGUCAGACUGAAAUUCACCAAGGGUGAUAUGGUCACCGGAAUGAACAAGAAGGGAUUUUAGACAUUUGACGCAGUAUAACAAUGUACGAUGUUCCACAUAUUCUUGGUUGAAUUCUUUUCUCUCUCUUUCGCUGACCGAUUAAACUAAAGAACGUUGUAA